AACAUCUUCAAUCAUGAGUCUAGGGUUUAUAUGUUUCACAAUAUUUCUUAGCAUUUUGUUUGCAUAUGCUAGUGGAGCUACUGUGACAAUUAUAAAUGGUGGUGAUGAAACAAUUUGGCCAGCUGUUUAUACAGAAAAAGGAGAUACAGUGAAUCCCACUGGAAUCAAAUUGGAUUCUGACCAACAAUAUGACCUUACAGUUCCUGAUUCAUGGUCAGGUACAAUAUGGGCUAGAACUGGUUGCACUGGAGACCCCAACAGUGAUUUUCAUUGUGAAGUUGGAGACUGUGGUACCAAAAAGAUGGAGUGUUUGGAAAGUAAGCCACAACCUCCUGCAACUCAAGUGAAGUUAAAUUUGGUUCCAAAAGGUGGUAGUAGUUCCUAUGAAGUUGACAUGAAAGAUGGCUUUGGUGUGUCUGUUACUGUGACCCCAUUUGAAACCAGUUGCCAGAAAGUUAUGUGCAUCCAAAAUUUGGAUGAUGAUUGUCCUAAUUGGUUGGCUGUGUAUAGUAGUGAAGGGAGAAAGAUUGGUUGCAAGAGUCCAUGUUUUUUCACUAAGGAGCCAAAGUAUUGUUGCACUGGAGAAUUUGCUUCACCUGAAAAAUGUGACAAUAAUCAAUACACAGAGCUUUUGGAUAAUAAAUGUCCAGAUGUUGUUUCUAAUGCUUUUGAUGGAUCUCAUUUUGCAUGUUCUGGAGGGACUAGCUUUUUCAUUUUAUUUAACUGAAGAAUCCUUGAAUUAGAUAUAUAAUUGUUUUCUUGAUUUUGAUGU